CCGCUCUUCACCCUCGAGCCCCGCCCGACCCUGCUCAGAGCUGGAGAGGCAGCCAGACUGGAGCAGGCUAAGAGAGCCCCGGGAGGCCGGAGCAAUCCGCAAUUCCAGGCUGGGGAGACCAAGACGCCAAGGGUCUCUCUCCACUGUGGAGUAUUCUGACACCUGAGCCUCUAUUACCAUUUUCAUAAUGGGCUUCCAUCUGGCUCUAGUUUGGAUCCUGCUGAUUGGGCCACUGACCCCUGUGGGAACUCAGAAUCCUAUUUCUUGGGAAGUACAGAGAUUUGAUGGAUGGUACAACAACCUCAUGGAGCACAGAUGGGGUAGCAAAGGCUCUCGGCUGCAGCGCCUUGUUCCAGCCAGCUAUGCAGAUGGUGUGUACCAGCCCUUGGGAGAACCCCACUUGCCUAACCCCCGAGACCUUAGCAACACAGCCAUGAGAGGCCCUGCAGGGCUAGCCUCUCUGAGAAACCGCACAGUUCUGGGUGUCUUCUUUGGUUACCACGUGCUCUCAGACCUGGUGAGUGUGGAAACACCAGGCUGCCCAGCUGAGUUCCUCAACAUUUACAUUCCUCUUGGGGACCCGGUGUUUGACCCUGACAAGCGGGGGAACGUGGUACUGCCCUUCCAGAGGAGCCGCUGGGACCCCGACACUGGAAAGAGCCCCAGCAACCCCCGGGACCUGACCAACCAGGUGACAGGCUGGCUGGAUGGCAGCGCCAUCUAUGGCUCCUCGCACUCCUGGAGCGACGCGCUGCGGAGCUUCUCUGGAGGACAGCUGGCAUCCGGGCCGGAUCCCGCCUUCCCGCGGGACUCACAGGACCCUCUGCUCAUGUGGACCGCUCCUGACCCGGUCACCGGGCAGGGCGGGGCGCAGGGACUGUAUGCCUUCGGGGCCCAGCGAGGGAACAGGGAGCCCUUCCUGCAGGCGCUGGGCCUGCUGUGGUUCCGCUACCACAACCUGUGUGCGAGGCGGCUGGCCCAGGAGCACCCGAGCUGGGGGGAUGAGGAGCUGUUCCAGCAUGCGCGCAAGAGGGUCAUUGCCACCUACCAGAACAUUGCGAUGUAUGAAUGGCUACCCAGCUUCCUGCAGAAAACACCUCCUGAGUACACAGGAUACCAUGCAUUUCUGGACCCCAGCAUCUCCCCAGAGUUUGUGGUGGCCUCUGAGCAGUUCUUGUCCACCAUGAUGCCCCCUGGGGUCUAUAUGAGGAAUGCCAGCUGCCAUUUCCAGGGGAUUCUCAAUCAAAAUUCAAGUUUCUCCAGAGCUCUCCGAGUCUGCAACAGCUACUGGAGCCGAAAGCACCCAAACCUACAAAGUGCUAAAGAUGUGGAUGCGCUGCUGCUCGGAAUGGCCUCCCAGAUUGCUGAGAAAGAGGACCAUGUGGUGGUUGAGGAUAUGCAAGAUUUUUGGCCUGGGCCACUGAAGUUUUCCCGCACAGACUAUCUGGCCAGCUGCCUGCAGCGGGGUCGGGAUCUGGGCCUGCCAUCUUACACCAAGGCCAGGGCAACACUAGGCCUGCCUCCCGUUUCCCACUGGCGAGACAUCAACCCUGCACUCUCUCGGAUCGAUGGCAUUGUGCUGGAGGCCACAGCUGCUCUGUAUAAUCAGGAUCUAUCUCGACUAGAGCUGCUCCCAGGAGGGCUCUUGGAGAGUCAGGGGGACCCUGGACCCCUGUUCAGCACUAUUGUUCUUGACCAGUUUGUGCGGCUACGAGAUGGUGACCGCUACUGGUUUGAGAACACUAGGAAUGGGUUGUUCUCGAAGGAAGAGAUUGCAGAUAUCAGAAACAUUUCCCUACGGGACAUUCUAGUGGCUGUCACUAAUGUGUCUUCCAGUGCCCUGCAGUCUAAUGUCUUCUUUUGGCUUGCAGGAGACCCCUGUCCACAGCCAGGUCAGCUCAGCACCAAGGAUCUGCCAGCCUGUGUCCCUUUCUUCAUUCGGGACUAUUUUGAUGGCAGUGGAUUUGGCUUCGGGCUUACCAUUGGGACCCUAUGCUGCUUCCCUUUAGUCAGCUUGCUCAGUGCCUGGAUUGUUGCCCGACUUCGAAUGAGGAAUUUCAAGAGGCUCCAGGGACAGGACCGCCAAAGCAUCAUGUCUGAGAAGCUUGUGGGAGGAGUGGAAGCUUUGGAAUGGCAGGGCCGAAAGGAACCCUGCAGGCCUGUGCUUGUGCAUCUGCAGCCGGGGCAGAUCCGUGUGCUAGAUGGCAGGCGCACAGUGCUCCGUACUGUCCAGUUGCGGCCUCCACAGCAGGUCAACCUUGUUCUAUCCAACAAUCGUGGACGCCGUACCCUGCUGCUCAAGAUCCCCAAAGAGUAUGACCUGGUGCUGUUGUUUAAUCUGGAGGCAGAGCGGCAGGUGCUGGUGGAAAACCUCAGGGGGGCUCUGAAGGAGAGUGGGCUGAGCUUCCAGGAGUGGGAGCUGCGGGAGCAGGAGCUGAUGAGGGCAGCUGUGACUCGAGAGCAACGGAGCCACCUCCUUGAGACAUUUUUCAGGCACCUUUUCUCCCAGGUGUUGGACAUCAACAAGGCAGACGCAGGGACCCUGCCCCUGGACUCAUCCCAGAAGGUGCGGGAGGCCCUGACCUGUGAACUUAGCCGGGCCGAGUUUGCUGACUCCCUGGGCCUUAAGCCUCAGGACAUGUUUGUGGAGUCUAUGUUCUCUCUGGCUGACAAGGAUGGCAAUGGCUACCUGUCCUUUCGGGAGUUCCUGGACAUCCUGGUGGUCUUCAUGAAAGGUUCCCCUGAGGAAAAGUCUCGCCUUAUGUUCCGCAUGUAUGACUUUGAUGGAAAUGGCCUCAUUUCCAAGGAUGAAUUCAUCAGGAUGCUGAGGUCCUUCAUCGAGAUCUCUAACAACUGUCUGUCCAAGGCCCAGCUGACUGAGGUGGCAGAGUCUAUGUUCCGGGAGUCAGGCUUCCAGGACAAGGAGGAGCUAACAUGGGAAGACUUUCACUUUAUGCUUCGCGACCAUGACAGUGAUCUCCAAUUCACACAACUGUGUGUCAAAGGGGUAGAGGUGCCUGAAGUCAUCAAGAACCUCUGCCGGCGAGCUUCCUAUAUCAGUCAGGAGAAGAUCUGUCCUUCUCCCAGGAUGAGUGCCCACUCUUCCCGAAACAGUAUCAAGUCUGAGUUGUCACCACAGAGACUGCAGUGCCCCAUGGACACAGACCCUCCUCAAGAGAUUCGACGGAGGUUUGGCAAGAAGGUAACUUCGUUCCAGCCUUUGUUGUUCACUGAGGCACACCGAGAGAAGUUUCAGCGCAGCCGUCGCCAUCAGACGGUGCAGCAGUUCAAGCGCUUCAUUGAGAACUACCGGCGCCACAUCGGCUGUGUGGCGGUGUUCUAUGCCAUCACUGGGGCACUCUUCCUGGAGAGGGCCUACUACUAUGCCUUUGCAGCACACCACAGGGGCAUCACUGACACCACCCGAGUGGGCAUCAUCCUGUCACGGGGCACAGCGGCCAGCAUCUCCUUCAUGUUCUCCUACAUCCUGCUCACCAUGUGCCGCAACCUCAUCACCUUCCUGAGGGAGACCUUCCUCAACCGCUACAUUCCCUUCGAUGCCGCAGUAGACUUCCAUCGCCUCAUUGCCUCUACAGCCAUCGUCCUCACAGUUUUACACAGUGCUGGCCAUGUGGUGAAUGUGUACCUGUUCUCCAUCAGCCCACUCAGCGUCCUUUCUUGCCUCUUCCCUGGCCUCUUCCAUGAUAAUGGAUCUGAGUUCCCCCAGAAGUACUACUGGUGGUUCUUCCAGACUGUACCAGGCCUCACCGGGGUCUUGCUGCUCCUGGUCCUGGCCAUCAUGUACGUCUUUGCCUCCGACCACUUCCGCCGUCGCAGUUUCCGGGGCUUCUGGCUGACCCACCACCUCUACAUUUUUCUCUACAUCCUGCUCAUCAUCCACGGCAGCUUUGCUCUGAUCCAGCUGCCUCGAUUCCACAUCUUCUUUCUGGUCCCAGCAAUUAUCUAUGUGGGGGACAAACUGGUGAGCCUGAGCCGGAAGAAGGUGGAGAUCAGUGUGGUAAAGGCUGAGCUGCUGCCUUCAGGAGUGACCCACCUCCGGUUCCAGCGGCCCCAGGGCUUUGAGUAUAAAUCAGGGCAGUGGGUGCGGAUUGCAUGCCUGGCUCUGGGGACCACAGAGUACCACCCUUUCACGCUGACUUCUGCACCUCAUGAGGACACACUCAGCCUACAUAUCCGUGCAGCUGGACCCUGGACCACUCGCCUCAGGGAGAUCUACUCACCUCCAACGGGUGACACCUGUGCCAGAUACCCAAAGCUGUACCUCGAUGGGCCAUUUGGAGAAGGCCACCAGGAAUGGCAUAAAUUUGAGGUGUCAGUGCUAGUAGGAGGGGGCAUUGGGGUCACCCCCUUUGCCUCCAUCCUCAAAGACCUCGUUUUCAAGUCAUCAGUCAGCUGCCAAGUGUUCUGUAGGAAGAUCUACUUCAUCUGGGUGACGAGGACUCAGCGGCAGUUUGAGUGGCUGGCUGACAUCAUCCGGGAAGUGGAGGAAAAUGACUGCCAGGACCUGGUGUCUGUGCACAUUUACAUCACCCAGCUGGCUGAGAAGUUUGACCUCCGGACCACCAUGCUGUAUAUCUGUGAGCGGCACUUCCAGAAGGUGCUGAACCGGAGUCUGUUCACGGGCCUGCGCUCUGUCACCCACUUUGGCCGUCCUCCCUUUGAGCCCUUCUUCAACUCUCUGCAGGAAGUUCAUCCACAGGUCCGAAAGAUCGGGGUGUUUAGCUGUGGUCCCCCUGGCAUGACCAAGAACGUGGAGAAGGCCUGUCAGCUCAUCAACAGGCAGGACCGGACUUAUUUCUCCCACCAUUACGAAAACUUCUAGGCCCCCUGCCCAGUGACUCUGCAGAGUCACUACUGACCAGCAGAGCAGAUGCUUUUGCUCACACCUUACCUCUGCUUCCUGCUUCUGGCUGGCUCAGCUCUGGCUCCCUUCCCACCUCCCAACUUGGUCCGGGUGGACAUGCUCAGUCAUCAUGGAUGGGCUAGGAAUCUCCAGAGCUGGAAUGUGUCUUGGGGAAGUGCUUAUGAACUAGAGGUUCAGAAAUAGGGGAGCUACUGGUUUGGGACAAAGUGAAGAUCCUUUUAGGCUAAGGAAAAACAAAAAUAGUAGACAAGCUGUCAAGUUUCUCUUUGUGACUCGUGUGUGUGUGUGUGUGUGUGUGUGUGUGUGUAUGUGUGUGUGUGUAUAAGUAACUAUGAGCCAAAGGAUGAAGUAGGGGUACAGAUGCUGGCAUCUUUGAACUCUCUUCACUCUGAGACCUUCCUCUAUUCUGGGUUCCCCACUUUCAAAGGGGUUGGCAGAUGCCUUGGAGUGGAUAGGGGCUGGACCCAUAGCUCCAGUUUACAGAAAUGCUCAGCACCAGCCUAACUGUACAAGUGAUCUCUUCCAAGUUUUAAAAUGUACUGUUGUAGUCAGACCCUGGCCCAAUACCUGUCUAGUGCAAUACCCCUCAGCCCUUGUGGCCUUAUUUCAGUUAUCUUCACAAAUAAAUCGAGUUUCCACCUUGGGGGUUUCUCUUUUUUUUUUUUUUUUCCUGCUUCAUAACAGGAGAGGCAAAGGAAACCAUUCACCCAGUUGGCUUGCCAGACUGGUCCAGACACCUGACUUUUAGCCACUCAAUAAAACUACUUGAGUGCCCCAACUGGAGGCCCCCUCCCAGGGAUACCCUUCCUGGCAAGAGUCUCUCAGGGGGGCUACUGUGAGGUGCUCUGGAGGAAGUGGGCUGUGCAAGGUUGUCUGUAGGGAGCCACGGUUGGCCUGGCUUGCUUUAGGACCUCAGCUAUUCCCUGAACCGUGGAUGAGUGGGGUCACCCACAAAGUCUGCCAGGCAGUGGGACCAGUGAGGAGACUGAUGAGCCUAUUUCCCAACCUCUGUAGGCCUGUUUUCUCAUCUGCGGAAUGGUCGAAUGCUCUCCAGUCACUAAAAGAUAGGGCAACCUACAAGAGGCAGAGAUGAAUCUUUAGGAGAUGGAGGCCAGCCUGGUCUACAGGGAGACCCUGUUUCAAAAAUACCCCCAAAGUCUGGGCAACCUUUGGAGGGUAUUUCUGAAAAGGUGCCUGGUUUCAAGUGAGUCAUUCUAGUAUCCCUCACUUAAUUCUUACAUUUCUCAAAUCAUGUAUCCUCACUUUUGAGGUAUAAGCAUUGGAUCUGAAACUCAUAAGCCUUUGGUUCACACCACGGAACCUUUUCUGGUCUGCUCUAGUAGACCAAGGAGGGGCUGGCCUCACAGGCUUGGGGGGGCGGGGAGAACCCUGUCCAGCAGGGGGCGCUAAGGGAGAGUCGGCUCGGGUCGCGCCCCGCCUGUCCCGGCAGAGGGAUGAGAGCAGAGAACUGAGCUCCGCCCUCCCUGGAGCACCGCCCCUUUGUUUCCGCGUGCCAGCCACUGGAGGGGGCGAAGGGGCGUCGUGGACUCGGGUGCCCCCAGCCCCGCGCGGUAUGUUUUGACAUCUCGUCAAAGGAACUAGAUGCUCCCAGAGUGCUUUUCACUGCCGGCUGGUGUCGGCUCCACGGCUGAUUUAUAAACAAUCUGCGCCUGCUUCCCGCUCCCUCCCGUCGCCCGGGGCGGCGCCGCAGGCUCGGACGCCGUCGUGGCUGGCAAGGUCCGCUUUAUUUAUUGCCUCUGGCCCGGAGCCCGGGCUGCCCAAGCCUGCACAAGUUCCCUGGGGCCCAGGCCCUUCCUGUCUGCUCACCCCAAGGUGGUGGAGGUGCCUCCCCCAAGCCACGCACCAGACCCUGGGCAGGCCC